UAAGUUUGAGUUGUUUCUAUCUUUAAUACUAAUUAUCUGAGAGAUUUUCCUCAUCUGUGCUGAGUGUGCUUUCUUCUCUUCUGCAUGAAAGCCUUUAGAAUAUUUGGCGUUGAAGAGGUUAUGAAUAUUCCCAAGUUCUUAUUCAGAGUAAUCUUUGGAAAUGCAAUUGCUUUGUUCCAGUUCUUGGCACCAACGGAUGCAUUUAAAAGGAUCAUGAUGAAGAAUAAGUUCACAGAGCAGUUCUUCUUGGGCAUCCCAUACCUGAUGACUCUGCUCAACUGCCUCAUUACAACCGCUUGGUAUUGCCUGCCAUUUGUGUCUCCAUGCAGCAUAUUGGUAUCGACAGUCAAUACUAUCGGGGCAGCUCUUGAAUCCAUAUACCUGUUGAUCUUCGUCACAUUGGCCCCCAAAAGAGAAAAAGAAAAAAUUAUUGAGCUCCUCACUUUUGUGCUCUCUUUUAAGCAACAGUAGAACACUAAUUAAUAAGCUAAAAGAAAUCCGAAGCAUAUGAGGAAUAACUUUGACAAUUA